UUAUGUUGAAAUUAUAAACAAUUGAGAGUGUUUGUGCGCGCGCCAGUGCAAUAAUUAUGCAAAAAGCAGCAACUGAGACGCCAAUUACAACGGUGAAAGUAUUGUUGUUGUGGAUGUAAGCGUAAUUCGGCUGCAACUCGACGUCGUCAACAGCGAUCAAUUUUCCAAAAUAAAGACAGCCCAAAGUCAAAGUAUACAAAGUAUGCAAGAAAUACCGUUUUAUUUUUUUGCAUAUUUCAAUUGCGUUUUAUUUGCUGGCACGUCAAUAAACUUGCAGUGAAAAAAGAAAGCGGAAGAGUUCAAGGAAAAGAAAGAAAGAAAGAAGGAAAAUCUGCAGCAAUGCAAUGGCAAUGAAGUGAAAUUAUGUAAAGAGCCAGCAGUGUGUGUGGUGUGGUGUGGUGUAAGUGCAAUCAUUUAUAAUAAGUAGAGUUCUUUAAAAAAUAAAAAAAAAAUACGCCGCAAGAUAGCAAUAUAGAUUAGAAAUGCAGCGGAAAAAUCGAUGUGUGUGAAAAUUUGCAAUUGAUGCAGUGGAGCAGGGGCGUGCAUACAUACAUACAUAUGUAUGUAGGAGUCUUUCGAGUGCGUGGGUGGCAGAUGCAGAGGAUUCGGCAGUAAAAGCCGCAGUAGCGUCAUCAAUCAACACUUAAAUCAAUAUUUCUUAUUUGAUAAUCAGCAAUUUGCACAUAAACUGCAAUAAUGCCCAAUUAAUGCCGCAGAAAUUGAUUACCAACACAGCAAUUGGUUGCAGCAGCAACACCAGCAAUAACAUCAUCAAUUCAACAUUGAAAAACGGUGCCUUGAAACAUUUACAGAGCAGCGACAGCGAGCAAAAGAACACUGCAAUUUCUUUGCACUUCUUUUUCUAAAAGCAGAAGGCAAAAUAAUGGAAUUUUAACAGGUCCCGAAAGUGUGUACUUCUGUUGCAGGCAGGCGUGAGUAGCCAAGAAGCAACUAACACCAGCAGCAGCAGUCGUAGCAUCAGCAAGCAACAUCCAGUAGUGUUGGGGAGAAGGGGGAGAAAGACACACCAUGAUACCCACGACCGUGACAAACUCGCCGCCUUCCGCCAGCGUGGCUCAGAAUGGAGCCACUGCCAUUGGGGGAGCUGGAGCAGCUGGCACUUCGGCGACCACAACUCAAACCAACUACAGCUCCAUAGUGCUCGGUCUGGCCUCGUUGAUACUGGAAGGGCGCUCCUUAGCGGAUGAUGAAUACCAACAGCAUCAGCAGACGCCACCAUUGGCCGCGUCGACCCUUCCGUCUCAGCAGGUUCGUAGGACGCAACGCACUCGCGAUUGGCUGGAGCAGCAAGCAGUUGGAAGUGUGGGUGGUCGCUCCUCGCCACGUCCCUCCACUUCGCGCGCCACUCUCAUCAGUGGUUCGGGCUCGACGACGGCGGCUCAGCGCGUCAUUAACAUAACAACGAAUCCCUAUGCCAUGUCGACGCCACUGCCAUCUUAUGGAUAUGCGGCUGGUGCCAGCUCUGCGGCCAGCUCGGCGGAGAAUACGAGCAGCACACAUCGGCGUUGGACACAGAAGCUGUGUCAGUUGCGUCAGGUGUCGCCGGCAGCUCAGACCAUGAGUGCCGAGCCAGAACUGGUGGCACUAGCCAUGAAUCAGCUGAACAGUGAGACACAUGGUGGUGGUGGUGGAGAUUUUGAGAUUGUGCGCCGCGUAAUGCUGAAUCGUUCUAGUGGCAAUGCCACUGCCAACACCAGUGCGGCGUCCUCGCCGGGCUCUGGUUCUGGGGACAAUAUUCUUCACUCGCUUCAGUCACUGGCUACCACCUGUCUGCGUGGAGGUCCGGCUGCCGUGGAGCAUACACUACAGACGCGCAAUUUGAAUUUGGCCUUCAACUCCUCCUCCUUCUACACAACACCACCGGGAGCAGCGGUGGCCAGUGGUGGUUCCAGCGGAUACUCGCCGCAAUAUCGAAACCCCAAUUUCUUGGAUUUCUCCAGGACUAGAUCGGAGGUGCCGAGUGUUUCGACUCGCAGCGGCACACCGAGAUCAAAAGAAUCACCAGCAGCUGGAACAACACCACAACCAACAACAGAAGCAGUAGCAUCAACAGGAGCACCAGCACCAGCAGCAGCAGCCACUGCCAACACACGGCCCAAACACGGGCCACACUGUGAUCAGUUCCUCAGAAAGAUGGGUCUCGCCAAGGGAGAGGCCGCCGAUGCUGAGGAGCACAUCUGUGAUAUGUCAUACGUAAACGGUUAUACCUGUUCUCGUUGGCGCGCCUAUUGCCUGAAGAUAGAAGCAAUCCUGGCACGCCGCCAGCCCAUAUGUAUCGAGGUUUAUCUGGGUCCCGUGGGCCAUAAAAUACUGCUAGAGCAAUGGAUCAUAACUGGCAAGGAAAAAGUGCCACCACCCACCAUGACCCUGCCUUCUCUGUGCAGUGCCAUACGCAGCCAACUCUACUUCUCCCAAAUCGUGGCUUGGUGCGAUCUGCUCCGCAAGAGCGAUCAGUCCACCUACGACGCGGGCCGCGUUAUAUUCUCCACCGGUAGCAGCACGUGUACCACCAAUGCCGGCGACUUGGCCACGCCCACACACAGUGGCAAUAUGACGACGACAUCUAGCAACACACCUGGACGACCGCGCCUCAAUAUUUUCUAUCGCAUCAAGCAGUACGACCCCCACGUUGUCGAUGCCAACGCCGACGCCGACCUUGGUUUUCGCACCAAGGUUAAUGUGCAUAACUUUCCGCAUGUGAACAUCGCAGAGAACCUGAGCAUAUCAGUGUGUGUGAAGAGUCUUCCAAGAAUAAAUGGCGGCAUUCCGCGUCUGGGACCCAGUACCACGCCAUCGACGGCCGGCGCCUCGCGUGCUCGUCAGGAAUCACACAUGGGAGGCGAGGUGGCGCGAACGCCCACCUGCGGCGGGCAAUUGUGUGCGGAUAUACCUAUGGGGGCCCGAAGUGCCAAUGGAGUCAAUGCCACGGACCCAGCCAGAAGCUGUGAUAGCAGUAAGGCACAACAUCAGCAACCGCAUCCCCAAUCACAGUCCAGCGAUGAGUUGGACAAGUGCUGCCUGACGUUGUCGCAUCGCGAGAGGCAGCUGCAGAAAUAUUACAAGCGGAUUCAGAGACGCGACAAGAAGCGGGAACGCAAGCCGUCCAGCGAAGACCUGGAGCUACAGCUGCAGCCGGAGCCCAUGGACGAUGAGCCAGUGUCCCGUGUCGGACAACGUCGCAGCAUCGAGAUGAUCUCCACGGGUACGCAAACGUCCCUGAGUAGUUGCCGGCAAUGUGGGAGUGAGAAGACGCUGCUGUGCCUCAAUUGCAACAUUGCCGACGAUGACGAAGACCUCCCCGACACGGCCUCGGAGAUGGAGGAGUUGGAUGAGUCGAGUUGCAGCCUGAGCAGCAGUGAUAUUAUUGUGGGCACGCCUCGCAACAAGGCCGAGUUGCUGCUCCAGGCCAUACAACGAACGCCAAAGAACAAGAAGCAGCAACAACAACAGCGGGAACGGGAGCGCCAGCAGCAGCUGGCAGUCCAGCAGGCGCGCAAUGAUCUCAAUGGCGCCGCCAUGCGCCAGACCAACAACAACCACGUCGGCCAACACAAAGUAGCUCCGACCAGUGGUUGCCAGGUGUGCAAGCGCCAGAAGACGCAGCAUAAUUUCGGAAAUAGUAGUACUAGCAAUGUCGAGGAGACACCGAUGAGCGUAGCAUCUCCAACAACAUCAACAAUAGUAACAGUUGCUACUGCCACAGCCAGCGCAGACCAUGCGAACGAGGACGACGAUGGCGAUGGGAAGCCGCCACGAGAUAGCCAAGUGAUAACCACCAUGGAGCAAGAGGAGCAGCACGAGGAGCGGCACGAAAAAGCCUACGUCGGCUCGACGAAACUGACUCCUCAACUAGAGCGCUGCUCGUUGUUAGUUGAGCAGCCCAAGGAGCCCACGGAGCGCUGCUUCACGCCGCCAGCGAACACCAGCGCCACGACCAACAUCCCAGAACUACUGCCUUCCUUAGGCGCCGACUUCGACGAAGGCAUUGUGGUCCAGUUUAAGACGCCAACCAGCAAUUUGCCGCUCAAGCUGCAGGAGUCGCAGCUGCAUUGUGGUGGCAGUACAAGCGGUGGGGCCGGACAACGCAAGCAAACUCCCAAGCCCAGCUUGUUGCGUAUCAAUUGUAGCGGCACCUACAACCUCCUAGAGGGCGAAUCGCAGGCGCCUCUCUUGCUGCGCAAAGCGCUGCCCAAAGUCAAUCUAACGACCAUCUUCUGCAAUAGCAGCGCCAGUGCUUUGGCUGGCGGUCUGCAUUCGGCCCCCAUUAGCAUUGGCGGUAGCAGCGGCAAUCUGAUGGGCAGUGGCGACAACAAUGGGACAGACAUGGCCUUCUCCUUCGAACCGGAUGCGUUGAAUCACUCGCAAUCGCAAUCCACAUAUGCGGUGGCUGCGGCGGUGACGGAUUCGAAUAUUCCCGUACAGAAGUCCUAUUCGGCACCCACAUUGCCAAACUCGCUGUCCUUGUCGCCGCGCUUCGCCAAGCAGGCCUCGUUCUAUAAACGACGAUCCAGGCAUUUGAGCGAUCGCUCGGAUCGCUCAUCCCUCGGCUCUGAUGAGCAGCUCUCCGAUGAAGACUUCGAGUCGAGCAUGUGCAGUCCGGCUACGUCGCCGCUGAAGUCGCGCUCCCUGCGCCUCACCACGCUUUUUGGACGUCGUCCGUUGCUUGGCAACCUGGAGGAAUCGCUCUUGCAGAAGCGCCUGCUGCCAAAAGUCGAGGUCAUGGGCUUCAAAGUGCUGCUCGGUGCCUCGGGUGGUUUCUGCCCCACUCAGCUGACCAUACCGGCCGUGUCGUACUUCUACGAACUGCACGGCGAGACGCUGAGCACACCCUACUUGUGCGAGAUUCGGUUGCCGAGAAAGGGCUACUUUGUGCCGCGCACUGGAACAGUGCAGGCCACGCUCUUGAAUCCCAUGGGCACGGUCGUGCGGAUGUUCGUAAUACCCUACGAUAUGAGCGACAUGCCACCACUUCACCGCACCUUUAUUCGGCAGCGUAUACUGGCGGAGGAGUGUGCGCCGAGUGAGGCGAGCAGUUCCAGCAACCUGAUGAGUAUGUGCAAUGGUCAACGGGGUCGGGAGAAGAGCAGCAUGGAGCAGGCCAGCUGUCCAAGCAGCCCAGCUAUGAUUAGCAGUUGUGGCAAGCUGGGCCACUUCAUAAGCGCCGAGCAAAUGAAGCGACUGCGCUACUCCAUACAUCUGAGGUUCCAAACUUCGCGCUCCGGCCGCCUGUCGCUGCACACCGACAUACGCUUACUGAUCUCAAGGCGGACUGAUUGCGACACGGCUGCCGCGCAUGCCAAGGGCGUCCUGGAGGCACCCAACGAGCUAAUCACUGACAACAUGAUGCCCACGGAGCCCAGGUACAGUGCCAGGCAGGAGAGUCCCGGCAAGAUGUAGUAGUUACUAAGGGAUAUGGGCGCUCGUGCCUUCAGCUGUUUGCGACGUCUCUACAAGCAGCUACACGAGCGCUGGCAACUCUGGCAGCAAUAUCAAAAAUAUCAGCUGUAAACACAAUAACGAUUGCUUCUCACAUUUAAUGCAUCAUUCGUAUUCGUAUUCGUAUGCAAUUUAGUUAGCAUAUUUAAUCGGAUAUUUGAAACAAGUUUCAAUAAGAUUUACGAAAAAGUGUCAGAUUCAGGAAUAGCAGCGCCAACUCCAACUAAAGGAAUCGGAACAAAUUCUUGUGCGGCUCUAUUAUUAUCAUACGAGUACAUACAUAUACAUAGUAUAUUAAUUGAUACGAUUUUAUAAUUUAUGCAAAUUGUUCACCAUUUUAAUUGCUUUAAACAUUGUUAUGAAAAACGUG